GGCCACCUUCCAGCCUUUGCGAUCUGGCCGAUCUGGCCACUAUGGGCAGACCUCUCCGGGACGAAGGUAGUCAUGGCAUGCUGCAGGUUUGUCUCCAGGGCGUCUGCAACCUUCCCCUUAGGUGUUCGAACUUGCUAUACAAAUACACGGAAUGCCUUAAAAAUCAACAAAGAUACUAAGGUUAUAUGUCAAGGGUUUACUGGCAAACAGGGUACAUUCCACAGUAAACAGGCACUAGAGUAUGGCACUCGGCUCGUUGCUGGAGUGUCCCCUGGUAAAGGUGGCCAGACUCAUUUGGGCCUCCCAGUCUUCAACAGUGUCAAAGAGGCUCGGGCAGAAACAGGGGCUGAUGCAAGUGUCAUCUACGUACCUGCCCCCGGCGCUGCCAAGGCCAUCUUAGAGGCCAUGGAAGCUGAAAUCCCAUUGGUGGUUUGCAUCACUGAGGGAAUCCCGCAGCAAGACAUGGUGCGUGUCAAGAACCAGCUUGUUCAACAGAGCAAGACACGCCUUGUUGGGCCAAACUGCCCCGGCAUCAUAAAGCCUGAGGAGUGCAAGAUUGGCAUCAUGCCUGGCCACAUUCACCAGAAGGGCAAGAUUGGCAUUGUAUCGAGAUCAGGCACUUUGACUUAUGAGGCGGUGCAUCAGACAACACAAGUGGGCCUUGGCCAGUCACUGUGUGUUGGCAUUGGUGGAGACCCCUUUAAUGGGACCAACUUCAUUGACUGCAUCGAAAUCUUCUUAAAAGACCCAGACACAAAGGGUAUUAUACUCAUAGGAGAAAUUGGUGGGAAUGCCGAGGAAAGUGCUGCUGAAUAUCUUGAAAAGCACAAUUCGGGCACAAAUGCCAAGCCUGUGGUGUCCUUCAUUGCGGGCCUGACAGCACCACCAGGUCGGCGAAUGGGGCAUGCAGGUGCCAUCAUAGCCGGUGGCAAAGGAGGUGCAAAGGAAAAAAUAGAAGCCCUCAAGGCAGCCGGCGUUACCGUCACCAAAUCACCUGCCCAGAUGGGGGCUGCCAUGCUGCAGGAGAUGCAGAAGCGUGGUCUGGCAUAGUCUCCAACGAAAAACACGUAGAUGUAGGUAGAACUGGUGUUAACAUUUUAUUGUACAGGUGGGCUAUGCCAUUGUUUCUGCCAUGUGAAAUAAUAAAAGGCUUGUUCCAUGGAUACAACAAGAAAA